AUGGCAGAAUAUGCGCCAACCGCGACCGACAUUCGCGACUUUGUCGAGAAUCUAGAGGCAGCGGCGAGGUUCGACAAUCCGAAUCUUGGAGAGUGGUGGAACAUCAUCAUUUCCGUGCACACGAAUCUCGUACAUGCCGCAACACGAACUAUCAGACCCUUUACCGAAUUCCACGGAAUACGCUCGCAGCACCGAACCUUCGGAGCCAUUGCGUACGAAUGGCUUGUAAUGAACUAUAAACAAGGAACAAUUCGGGAGGCUCUGGGUAGAAUUGGCCACACCAAGCCUGGAUUGACUACCACUGUCACCCAGGGCAUGGCGGCUCACGAGCUGUCGGGAGAAGCAAGGAAGAACAGCAUCCCUCAUAAUGAUCUACCCAUGAACGCGGCCUCUGAGGCGGUUCCUGCUGGCCAAGUCGUCAUCCACCACUCGAGUCCUCAUGCGCAUGCUCCUGCCCCUCGCCAAAGCGGCUUUCCACAGGCGACUUUUGCUCGCUCCGCGCCAGCUCUGGGUUCACCACAGCGCCCGCAUGUCACCGAGCCAGCUGAGGACGAGUCCAGCGACGAGACCGAAGACAAUGCCGAUGACGAAUCCAGUGACGAGUCUGACGAUGAGUCCGAUGACGAGCAUGACGGCGACGGUCGUGACGAGUCCUAUGAGUUGAGAAACGACCCGAAUCCCUUAGACAAGCAAUACGGUGGGAGCAACAAAGUGAACAUAGAUCCUCAUAUCUUCAGGAACGCCAACUGUCAACACCAGCGCGAUCUUUUGGAUCAACCAAUGGACACGAAAAAUAGUCCCCAAGGUGUGGACGAACUGGAGGAGUUUGAUUUCGAUGCCUUCAUCAUGGAAAACCAUGACUACGACCUACCAUCGAAUGAGGUCGAACACCAGGCCCAUGAUGCCCCUUCGCAGAGUGCGACUGUUUUCGAAGACCUUGAUGUCAGCGACGACGAUCAUGUUGUCGAUGAUAUGGCAUUGAAUCAGGGACAAAAUGACAGCGAUGUCGCGGACGAACAAGGAACUCGCUCCAACAGUCCCUCUGGCAAGCGCAAGAGGGGCGAUGAGAUGCAUCAUCAUUCCGCUCAACGUCGCCGCAUGUAUUAG